AUUAGCCACCUUCCUAAAUGCUCCCCUCUUCUCUUCUCUCUGAUUCAUUUCGACGGAGUUAGAGAGUGAGAAAAGAGAUGAUGGAGGAUGGUAGUCUCUGGCAUCAAUGGAGCAUGAUCAGAUCUCUUUUAGCCAUUCUUCAAUGGUGGGGUUUCAACGUUACCGUUAUCAUCAUGAACAAAUGGAUCUUCCAGAAACUGGAUUUCAAGUUUCCAUUGUCGGUUUCAUGCGUUCAUUUCAUAUGUUCAUCGAUCGGAGCAUACAUUGUGAUCAAAGUCCUCAAGAUUAAGCCGUUGAUCGUGGUUGAUCCAGAAGACAGAUGGAAGAGGAUCUUCCCAAUGUCAUUCGUCUUCUGUAUCAACAUUGUGUUGGGAAACAUCAGCCUUAGAUACAUCCCUGUCUCUUUCAUGCAGACAAUCAAAUCCUUCACUCCAGCUACAACAGUUGUGUUACAGUGGUUGGUAUGGAGGAAAUAUUUCGAUUGGCGUAUUUGGGCUUCGUUGGUUCCCAUUGUUGGAGGGAUUCUUCUGACUUCUAUUACAGAACUUAGCUUUAACGUGUUUGGUUUCUGCGCUGCUUUGUUUGGAUGUUUAGCUACCUCUACUAAGACCAUUCUUGCUGAAUCUCUUCUUCAUGGAUACAAGUUUGACAGCAUAAACACGGUGUACUAUAUGGCGCCUUUUGCGACCAUGAUUCUCGGAGUACCAGCGUUUCUACUCGAAGGCAAUGGGAUCUUGGAUUGGUUUGAAGCACACCCGUCUUCAUGGUCGGCUCUCAUCAUUAUUUUCAGCUCAGGUGUUGUAGCUUUUUGUCUUAACUUCUCAAUCUUCUACGUCAUUCACUCCACAACAGCAGUCACAUUCAAUGUAGCUGGUAACCUUAAGGUUGCGGUGGCUGUUCUGGUUUCAUGGAUGAUAUUCAGAAACCCGAUAUCACCGAUGAACGCUGUUGGAUGCGGAAUCACACUCGUGGGAUGCACGUUUUAUGGAUAUGUAAGUCAUUUGCUUUCUCAGCAACAACCGGGGACUCCUAGGACUCCUUGUACCCCAAGGAACAAGAUGGAACUGAUGAUCCCUCUUGUUAACGAUAAAGUUGAGAGUAAAGUUUGAACAUGCAACGUGUGUAAUUGAA